GUGACAUAACACUGAUGUGAAGAUGAGCUCGGGGUGUAUAUAAAGAGAGGGUGCUGGACACAGGCACAGGUGUACUGACCACUGUGAAAUGGCCAUGUCUGAGUCUUCGCUGGCAGUGUGUGUCCUCUGUCUACUGGCGCUGUCCGCACUCUCCUCAGCCUGCUACAUCCAGAACUGUCCGCGAGGAGGGAAGCGUUCCUUUCCAGACAGUGCUGUGGUCAGACAGUGUAUGGCAUGUGGUCCUGGAGACAGGGGCCGCUGCUUUGGCCCCAGUAUCUGCUGUGCUGCAGAGCUGGGCUGUUACGUGGGUUCUCCGGAGGCGGCGAGCUGCGUGGAGGAGAACUACCUGCCCAGCCCGUGUGAGAGUGGAGGGAAGGCGUGUGGAUCUGAGGGAGGACGCUGUGCUGCCCGGGGAAUCUGCUGCGACUCCGAAAGCUGUGUUCUGGAUCCAGACUGUUCAGAAGACAGCAGGUACCAGCGUCCCGCAGAAGAAAGCACCGGACUGAACAGCGGAUCAACAGGAGAGAUGCUGUUACAUCUCCUCAACCUGGCCACUCGAGGACAGAGACAGUUUUGAGACAGUCUUUACCCUCUCUUACCCAUAAACACCCCUCAAAACAAGAAAUAUUGAAAGUAGCACAUACCCUCUUAUUAAAUACUGAGAUAUGUGUUAUUUUACUGUCUCACUAUUAACUAUAAUGCCUCAAAACUCUGACAUUUACAUUGACAUGCACAGUCCUUCAUAGGAUCCAGUGUGUAAAUAUGCAGUAAAUAAAGCUUCUCUUGCACUA